UUUUUAUUUAUUUUUAAAUGACUCCGUUACAUAAUCAUAAACUGGUCAAGCUACAGCACAAUACCAACAAGGUGUCCUUGCCCAUAGACAGCCCACAAGAGGAAACUAUCGCCAAAAGAAAAGUAUCAUUUUCACUAGAUCCACCUACGGUCCAUGAAUAUGAACCAGAGUAUGAUGCUCUACCAGAAAUUAAAAGCACAUGCCUUUUUGAUGAUGGAUGGCCAGGGAGAGCAAAACAGGCAAUGACCUCAGACAGUUUUAUGGAUUUCAAAGCUAGGAUCGAGGCAAAAUUAAGCGCUACAAAUAGUUCAUCACUUAUGACCGAGUUAAACGAAAGCAGCAAUAGUAGUAGUCCCUUGUUAUCCAAUAGUCUAUAUAAACAUAAAAAAAACCCACUCGUCCAAUCACUUGAACUUUGUCCUGAAACUGAAACUGAUGGCUCUGACAGUUCCUCAUCACCUAGCAACGAAUCGCCCAUAACAACUCCCGUGAAUACCAUGAAUGCAUGGAUAAACUGUACCCAUUACUAAUAAUAAUAAUAAUAUUUAAUUCAAUCUGCAUAUUUCUGUAAACAAUAACUUCAUUCAUAUAAAUAAAAGCUUUUAUUAUCAGUCCUUUUGACAACAUGUGUAACAAAAUUACUAUAAAGAGCAAUUGAUGUUGGUAAAAACCAAAUAUGGGAAAAAGAUUAAAAACAGCUCUUUUAAAUAACAA